GCUAGGUGGUGGUAAGUAGCACAUUUUCCCCUUUGUGAAAAAAGAGGAAGAAACACGUUAAGCUAGUUUUGCUUGUUCAUCCACCUCGGAAAGCUCUUCUCAAAAGGACACAAUUGGAUCAAGUAACUCUGGUGCUUCCAGUGAUGAGCGACAGUGAGAAAUGAUGGACCCUGAAGUAUCUGUGCUGCUGCACUGUGCACACUGGCGUGGUCUGCUUGAGUAUCAAGUACAAGUGGAACUUUCUGAAAGGUUUAACAGGCAGACAGAUGUGGCUCUGGAGCGUCACAUAGAUGAGUUGUGGACCAAGCGGGUGUCCAAGGAGCCGUGGCUUUUCAACGGGGCCAAAUUCAGGUUGCAUUCUUUCUGCUUGGCACCUCUACAAAAUCUGCCUUCCACUCCUUCAUCACGUAGCACCAUUUUGCACCAUACAGAGGACCCUGACAAUCAAAGAUGGGAGGAUUUGGGUGACAUAAGAAACAGGUGUAUAAAUCAGCCAGAAAAUACUGAGGGUGCCUCCCCUCAUGACUGCAGAGAGUUAAAUGGCAUUGCAGAUGAACCUUCUCUGCACUCUGGACCAAUCCUCACUCUGAGACUAGGCCUCACAUGCUACAAGGACUACUUGGGAACAAAUUGGUCAGGUGGGGUGGCAGAGCUCCGACAGCGCGGUGAAGCCAAGUUCAGAGAUCCUCUGGCUCUGCUGGCUCAGCCUCUGGGUGUGGGCGCCGUGCUGUGCACCAGUGAUGGUCAGGUGGUGAUGAUCAGAAGGAGCCAAAGGGUGGCAGAGGCAGGAGGGCUCCUGGAUAUCCCUGGAGGCCACCCAGAGCCAAAGGCUGUGUGUGAGCGUCUGGGUCAGAUCUUGUGUGCGCAGAUCAGUGUGGCCACAAUGGAGACAGAGCCAGAGGCCAUCGUCUCAGAGCUUUUCUUCUCUGUGUGUGCUGAGAUCAGAGAUGAGGUGAAUAUUCCUCUGAGCUCCCUGGGACCGCCCAUCCUGAUGGGCAUUGCUCUGAAUCACACCAGUGCUGGAAGACCGAGUGCUGAGUUUUAUGUCAGUUGCUGUUUGAGUUCUGAUGAAGUGAGAAAGUUGUACUCGAAAGGAGGAGUGGAGGCCAGUGAAUCCACAGAGGUCAUCUUUGUCAGCAGAACGGAGGUUUUGCAGCUGGACAAAAGCAGCCCUCUGUGGUCAGAGUUGUGUCCAUCAGCUAAAGGAGCUGUGCUGCUUUAUCAGACAGUGAAACCCGAUGUAGCGUCAGACCGGAGUGGACAGGGCGAUGCCGAGCUCACACCAACAUAGGUGCACAAAGGGACAGGUUGAUCAAAGUUUGGGGAUUUAUUUACAAAUUACUCAUAAUUCAAUGCUGUAUAAAUUAUCAUUGGUACACUGUACAGUAAUAACAAGUACAAACUUAUUAAAAUAUUUUGGAUA